AUUCUGCAGAAGUCGCUUUGGCUGGAAUGGGGGGAAAACAGAUGAAACCCUAAUGCCGGUCAUGAAGCAGCUUAAUGCCCAGCAGACCCAGCUGCGCAUUGACUCCUUCUUCCGCCUGGAGCGGCAGGAGCGGCAGGCCAUCGCGAGCCAGCGCCUGCGCCGCGCCGUCACGUGCCUCAAGCGGAAGGAGCGGGAGCAGGGGGAGGAAGAGGAGGGCGAGGCUGUGCAGUGUAGAGGGACAGCCGCGCUCCCUGGUCACAGGGCCUGAAAUGAGCGAGUCGCCACCCACCCAGCUGCUGAAAAUCUCCCGAAAACACCAGAACCAAGAACAGGAACAACAACUAAGGAUGACACAGCCCCGUGAGGGGGAUUCUUCCCUAUGGAACAGUGAUGAGUGCUGCGUUUUACAGUCGGAGAACAGGGAAGAGAGCCCUGACGACGCCGACCUGGUCAGUGUGAUCACGAGCCGACGCUUCUGCCCCUCUGUCAUCACCACGGUACCCUGGGAGGGGUACCGUUUUGCCAACUAUGAAAUAAAAAUCAAAGAAUCGACAGACUGCUACGGAGCCGUUCCUUGGCCAUCGGCUUUAGUGCUUGGUCAUUUCCUGGACGCAAACCAAGACAAAUACAACCUAAUGGACAAAAAUGUGAUUGAGCUCGGUGCAGGAACCGGCUUAGUCUCAAUAGUCGCCAGUUUACUUGGAGCGAAGGUCACUGCUACAGACCUGCCGGAGGUCCUGGGAAACCUGCAGUACAAUGUGAGCAGCAACACCAAGGGGAGGUGCAGACACACGCCACGGGUCACAGAGCUGUCCUGGGGCAAGGACCUGGAGCAGAACUUCCCUCGCUCCUCCUGUCACUACGACUACAUCAUGGCGGCUGACGUGGUGUACAGCCACCCCUUCCUGCCAGAGCUGCUGGCCACCUUCGAUCACCUGUGCCGCCAUGACACCGUCAUCUUCUGGGCUAUGCGCUUCCGGCUUGAGAAGGAGAACAAGUUUGUGGACCAGUUCCAGAGACUCUUCGACCUGGAGCUGAUUUUCGACCUCCCCAGUUUGAAAAUCAAGCUGUACAGGGCCAUGAAGAAGGAAAAGAUAAUGUCUUGAGUCCUCAGGGGCACAUGUACAGCAGCUGCAAUAAACUCCAUCUUGUACGGAC